CGCCGGGCAGGAGCGCGCGGGGCGCGGGGCGGGCGGCGGCGCGGUGGGCGCUCUCCUCUCCCCCGGCCGCCGCGCCGGACCCGGGCCGGCCGCUCCUCUCUGCCGGCUGCGCGCCGUCCCCGGCGCUUGGCGGUGAGACCCCUGCCCGGCGCCCCGCUAUUUAUCGCUCCUCGUUCUCCCCUGCGCUGCAGAGACCCCGCGCCGUGGGCGAGCCAUGGCUGGCGCUGCCGGCCCGACGGGCGCGCACUGAGGAGCGCCCGGAGCUACACAUCCCCCCCUCACACACACACACACACACACACACACACACACACACACACACACACCCCCCACCCCGGUCGUCGGGGCGCGGCCGCACCAUGUCGGCCGUCGCCUACGUGGACUUCGUGGCGGCGCAGUGCCUGGUCUCUAUCUCUAACCGCUCGGCCGUGCCUGAGGCAGCAAGGCUGAAGGUGCCGGGCGAGGGGGAGGCGGCCCGAGAGCUGCGCGACCCCCGCGAUGCCUGGAAGGACUAUUGCGCCUUGCUGGCCAUCGCCAAGAGCCUGCUGGAGCUGAACAAGUACCGGCCGCUGCCCGCCCCCUCCGUCUGCAGCGACAGCAUGGAGAGCCCCGACGAGGACGCGGGCUCCGACAGCGACGCGGCCACCGAGCCGGGCUCCAGCCCUCCCCGCAGCCCGCCGCCGGGGCCGUCCCCCCGCCUGCGCGCCGCCGGGGCCGCCCCCAAGGGGAAGCUGGCGGCCGAGAAGCGACACAAGUGCCCCUACAGUGGCUGCGGCAAGGUCUACGGCAAGUCCUCCCAUCUCAAGGCGCACUACCGGGUGCACACAGGCGAGCGACCAUUCCCCUGCACAUGGCCCGACUGCCUUAAGAAGUUCUCGCGCUCGGACGAGCUCACCCGGCACUACCGAACCCACACAGGCGAGAAGCAGUUUCGAUGCCCCCUCUGCGAGAAGCGGUUCAUGCGGAGCGACCACCUGACAAAACACGCGCGCCGCCACACCGAGUUCCACCCCAGCAUGAUCAAGCGAUCCAAAAAGUCCAGCUCCGGCAGCUCCUUGUGAAGGCAGGGCCGACCCGGGGAGGGGAGCAGGGGGGAACGUGCAGGCAGUGGCGUCAGAGCAUGAGCAUCCGCUGUGGCGCCGGUCGCCCUUGUCAUCUGAAAGCACAUGUAGCUGACAUUCAGAAAGUACUCUGUGCCCCUCGCCCUGUCCUCCACCUCCCGAUCCUGCGCUGGGAACACCGGUCUGGAGCAAGUGGACUGCGGGGUGAGAGAAGGGAAGGGAUGACCAGCGGAGGAGGUGACCGCCUCCUCAAUGUAAACAUUGAUGCUGGUGUAUAUAUGUCUGACUGGAUGGUCUGGCCUGUGCCACUGCAGUAGCGUGACCCCAAAGUCUUUGUGAUUGCUGUGUCAUGAACAUGUUUUGUUGAACAGUGUAAUGCUGCUUGUAUUUAGAGUUUGUCGAGUAAAACCACUUUCCGAGUCACAUAAAUCACUCAGAUAAAAACUCCAUAGCACAUUGUAGAAGUGGGUUUACUUCUGUCUCAGAAUGAUCCUGCAUUUAAAGAGACUGUUAAGAAAAACAUUACAUAUGUUACUAAUGGCAUCUGAUUGAUAUACUGAGAUAAGGUGAAUUUAUACUCAAGAAGGCCCAUUAAAGUAAAUGGGUCUUUUUAAUUUUUCUUUGUAUUAACUAUACUUUUGAAUAUAAGCUGCACUUUUCCAGUAAAACCAUGUAUAAUUCAAGAAGAUAUUUAAAGCAGAAAGCCCCCCACAACAGCUCAGUCAUUUUCUGACCAUGUGUGUGUUUAGUUCUGCUAUUCAUUUACCUGGAAAAAGACAAGUCAGCCUAGUUAAUGUGGCAGGGGCAUGGGAGCAGAAGCACAUGUCUCCUUUGAUCCUAUACUUUUAAUUUGUCAAUAAAUACAGUACUGUACUAUAGACAUGCCACUAACAGUGCUUUAUUCUGCUGUGUUUUGUUUGAAUGGAUGUAUGACAGCAGUUACCAUCUUUAUAAACUGCUGUGGUUUUGUUUUUUUUUGAAGGCUUUUUCUCUUCCUACGCUUGCCUUAAAGAUUUAUUCUCUUCAUACCCUUGCCUAACUCCCAUGGAGCCCUAUGGGAGUUGUGUGUGCUGAUGGAGAGAAUAGACCUUUCCCUAAAAGCACUCUGCUAAUGGAAGCACCUGAAAUUGUUGUAAGUAGCACCUCUGGAGGGUUCCUGUGUAUCUUGAUCGCUGUUUCUAUAGACUAUGGGGGAAAACUAUUAGCUGACUGGAAAUACAGCACGCAAGGUCUGUCGUAACACUCCUUAUGGCGUAAGCUUCUCUUGGUGCAUUGUGUUGUACCCGUGCCAUGCAUGGCACGUCAGACACUGAUAACGGCAGUAUUACUUUUAUUUUAAAGCUAUCUUUUGCUCUUUUAAGGGGAGCAGAAAGAUCACUGAAGGAGAAUUUUCAGCUGUGGUCAUUAGCUGAGUAUUGCAUUAUUUGUUUAUGUUGAAAGCAUGAACUGUAAGAGGUUAUCAGUGAUUUUCUCUUUUUCCCUCCCCAGUUGCAUAAAGCUGGGGGGAGACUUCUGUUUACACAUUUUUUUUUUCCCAGAAACAUUCUUUUCCUGUUUGGUUUUUACCCCUUCCUCCCAAAGAGGAAGAGGAAGUGCAGCCCUGCUAUAGAGACUUAGGGCCAAAUUCAUCUUGUGAGUAAUCGCGUUUCCACUGCAGAUGAAUUUAGGUCAUCUUGUAAAAUUCUGUACAUAAACAAUCUUGCUAGUACACCUGCAACUACAGCAUCUUAUUGUUUUACCUGGUAAAAAGCUUGCUUCCUAGGAACAAACAUAAAAAAAUUAACUCGGAGAGUAGAGUGUUUUCUUCUACUGUUGUAUAAGGCUUUCAGCAUUAGAAAUCAGUUUGCAUAUAGUGUUUUUAAUCUGUGUAGUUCAUGAUAAAUUCCGUCUAUGUGAAGAGAACUGCUUUUAAGGCAUUGGGGAUAUUGAACAGUGUGUGGAGUAAAAAGGGAUGUGUUUUCUUCAGUGAAAACGUCAGGAAACCAAGCACACUUUCUACCUCCGUUUCAGCUUUUUGAAACAUUUAUUUUAGAAACCAAACUUUAAUUUCUGGUGUCCAAAUCAAGUCAGAAGGACAUACAUUCUUCCUGGUAAAAACAGGUAGCCUUUGUAUUUCUGCUGAUCUAGAAAUACAGAAAGUGUUCUGCUUACCAGCACUGUUAACGCUGCCUUGUUGGUUGGGAUCAGGGCCAUUCUGAGCCCGUCCCGCACUCUGGAUUGUUGCCAUUUUGUGGGAUGGAUGCAGCACUUUUGGAAAAUUUCAGGCCUGAUCCUGUGAAAUACAAGACACCCUCAUAUCUUAUCACCCACGAUGGGAAGCCACAGCUGAUAAGCGGCUCCUAAAUCAGUACAUACGUGUGUGGUCACUUAGCUACCAGGAUUAAUGGAUACAUGGAAGUAAAUGGCCAGAUCUAUGGUUUCCACCUUGUGUAUUUGGGGUA